AUGGAUCACCCUGAGCGUCCUAAGCGGACCUCCAACGCGUGCAAGCGAUGCCGAUCUCGCAAAGUCAAAUGCUCCGGCACACAUCCUUGCGAUAAAUGUCGACAGCGUCGGCUGGAUUGUGUGUUUGAAGAUGAUCGGAAAAUUGUUGUCUCAGAGGAAUUAUUUCUAUCCCUAAAACGAAGGGUGGAGGAGAUCGAGUGCACGCCACCACCAAAACGGACUCGCACUUUGGAGAGCAGUAUACCAACAUCCGAGACGCCGCAAGAGCCUACCCCGGAACAAUCUGGGGUCAUCCGAUAUGAUGAACGAUUCGCUUCCAACCCCUUGGCCUUGGUAUCACCUGGCUAUGUCAAGCAUACUGGCCGUAGGCAGAGAACGUGGUUAUUCCUCGGACCUACGUCUACCUGGUCCUUCAGUCGUCGAAUUCUUAACACCAUCCAAGCGCGUCUGAGUCCACAAAACUCAACGCCACUGCCCCUCGCUGUGGACGGCGACGCUUACCAACUUCAGUGGAGGCAAGCCAGCUCCGAGGAGCUUCCUGACAUCAGUGGGCUGCCAUCCCUGGAGCAUGCCCUGUAUAUACUGAACACGGUUCAGUUCCAUUUUAGUCAUUUGUACUUGUUGUUUGACGAAGACGAGUUUCUUCACCAUCUGUACGAGUUUUAUGAUAAUGCCGAAGUGAAGGUACAACAGAGCCGUCUCUGGUACGUCCAGUUCUUGAUCGUAUUGGCGUUCGGAGAGGCUCUCUUAGCGCCGGUACGAAAGGUUUCCAAUGCUGCUAGCUGGACGAAAUAUUUCUUACGGGCCAUGUCCUUUCUUCCUGAUAUUACAGGCUUAUGGCAAGAUCCUGUUUUGGCUAUCGAGGUUCUUACUCUCAUCGGACUUUAUUUCCACUCGAUCGACAUGAGAGACACCGCAUAUUGCUAUAUCGGCCAUGCCAUGCGCAUGGCAUUGGUCGAAGGUCACCACCGCGCUCCGCCAGUUGAACAACUAGGCCAAAAACUAGUGGAUCGGUGUCAAAAUAUAUGGUGGACAGUGUAUAUACUGGACAGGAAGUUUUCAUCGUUGAUCGGAUCACCCAACGCGGUCAAGGAUGAUGAGAUAACUACUCCCCUCUCGGAUCCGAAAUCGUGUGACCAAAAAGAGGCCGCAUUGAGUCUUCAUGUGAAGAUUACACAGGUUAUCACCCGUGUGUUGGACACUGUAUAUAGCCCAGACGGAAAGCUAGGUGGCAUCUUCCUCCGGAAGGUUCGAUCAGUCCUGCAGGAAAUGACGGACCUUUCGCGCGAGCUGGAGGAUGUCUUCGCGCAUCGGUUUUCAAAUUCUGUAGAGUCACUAUCUGGCGUCACUACACGACUGACAUUAUCUUGUCAUCAGUGUAUCAUCGUCACUACCCGACCACUAGUCUUAGCCCUCCUCUGGGAGCGACUCAGCUGCUUCGAGCAGGGCGACGUAUUCCGAACAUUAUCAUCACCAGUCCAGACCCUUCUGCACGCAUCUACCGACUCCGCGUUAAAAUCCUUGAGAAUCCUAACUGCGCUGCGUGACCAAAACCUCCUCGAAACAUUUCUCCCCUUCGAUCUCGAAAGCCUCUUCUCAUCCUUCUUCAUCCUAUCUCUGAUCGCAGCCAUCCUCCCGGACAUCAUCCCAGACCCCAGCUACCGAGACAUGGGAUUCAGUCUACUAGACGACAUGAUCGCCCGGGGAAAUCGCGUCGCACAGCUCCGGAAAUCCGAAAUCGUGCAGUUAGAGGAACUAGUCCAGCCGUUGCUCCAGCCUCAACUGCAACCCCUAACACCUGGGAGUAGUGCAAAGCACGUGGGCGAGGGACGACCGUCGGAGCAGGUGAAUGAUUCUGUGGCUGUUCUGAACGCGGCUAUCAGUCCGGCUCUGUCGGUGCCAGAGGCUGGUGAUGUUGUUCAGGACGAUGAGAUGCACUUCGAUUGGAGAGAUUGUGGGUUGUCAUUGGAGCAGAUGCUUUCUGUUACGGAUCAGUUGAAUGCGAAUAACUUGGUUCUGGAUGCUGAACGAGAGGGAUUACAAACUGAUUUGUGGUUGUGGAGUGAUGGAUAG